AGAUGGUGUCCAUCUGAGCGAUCAUGAGGGGAUGGGGAUCCUCACACAGUUGCUGUGGUCUGCCGCCAUGCACCAACUAGAGACACCACCACCAGCACCCCAGGUCUCUCCCAGGCCCUCGCAGCCACUUAGGAAAUUCUCUCCUAAGCUGGUUGUGGUGGGAGAUGUCCUUGCUCCACGGUCACCCGACCCAUUUCAGUGGAGGACUGCCCGUCAGGGCAGCAAGGUGAGCCAGCCUGGUAAACCUUCUCAGUCCCAGCAGCAGGAGAAGGAGUGCUCCUUCCCGCUGAACCCGGUCUGGUUCAGCAGCGCAACCUUGCGUGCUAUGGAAGAAGUCUCCCCUUCAACUUUCUCCCGCCCUGUGGACUGCCAGCCCUCUCCAAAGCCCAAGAGGGUGGCUUCCUCUGCGCCAGCCAAGCGCCCCAGGACCCCCCGCAGCAACGGGUCUUCAGUGAACAACCUGGUUGGAUCACCCCCAGCCAGGUCGUCCUGGAGAUCAGGCAAUGCUGAAACCCCCUGCUCGCCACCGGUUGCAAAGGGUAAUGGCAAACACUGA